GCGAGGCCGUCGACAUGUCUCUGCUCUGUGUUAAAGUUAAACGAGGAAAACUGCAUGGACCAUCAGAUAAAUUUAACACAUAUGUAACUCUAAAAGUUCAAAAUUUAAGAAGCACUACUGUGACAAGACGAGGAAAUGAACCCAGUUGGGAACAAGAUUAUAUGUUUGAAAUUAAUGAUUUGGGAAAGGGUCUUGUUGUUGAAGUAUGGGACAAAGGCUUGAUAUGGGAUGCUCUUCUGGGCACUGUAUGGAUUCCUCUCAGAAAUAUUGAACAUGCAACUGAGCUGCCAUUGGGGAGGAGGUACAGAAGCCUGAAGUCCCACACCACCAGGUUCAAGAAUGGCUACUUCCCUUCAACAAUUCAGUUCUUGAAUCCACUUGCAUAA